AUGACGACAGAAGCAACGACCCUGAAGGGUCAAACCCUCGAUCGUCCGGCCUUGGACUCCAUGUUGCGCCGGCGCAUGUUUUACACGCCGUCCUUCGAGAUAUAUGGUGGUGUUGGGGGUCUUUACGAUUAUGGUCCGCCAGGCUGCGGUCUGCAGGCCAACAUCGUCGAUAUUUGGCGCAAACACUUUGUUCUUGAAGAGGACAUGCUUGAGCUCGACUGCAGCGUUCUAACCCCCCAUGAGGUUUUGAAGACCAGCGGCCAUGUGGACAAGUUUGCGGAUUGGAUGUGCAAGGACCCGAAGAACGGCGAAAUUCUCCGCGCCGACCACUUCGUUGAGGAGAUACUCGAGAACCGACUGAAAGGUGACAAGGAAGCACGAGGCCAGGUGAUUGAGCAAAAGGAGGAGGAUCCCAAGAAGAAGAAGCGCAAGGCCAAGGGUGCCAUCGAGGUUGUCAAGCUUGACGACGCUGUGAUACAAGAGUAUGAGGAGAUCCUGGCCAAGAUCGACAACUACAACGGCGAAGAGCUGGGCGAACUUAUCGUCAAGUACGAAAUGAAGAACCCAGCCACUGGUGUCCAGCCGUCACCCCCUGUUGCAUUCAAUCUCAUGUUCCAAACUUCUAUCGGCCCCAGCAGCAAUCUGCCCGGCUAUCUCAGACCAGAGACAGCCCAGGGCCAGUUCCUGAACUUCUCAAAGCUGCUAGAGUUCAACCAGCAGCAGAUGCCCUUCGCUUCGGCUUCCAUUGGUCGAUCCUACAGAAACGAGAUUUCCCCACGAGCUGGUCUCCUACGAGUACGCGAGUUCUUGAUGGCCGAGAUCGAGCACUACGUAGAUCCCAACGGCGGCAAGAAGCACCCGCGGUUUGAGGAGGUCAAGGACAUCGAGCUGGUGCUUCUGAACAAAGAGACGCAGCUUUCGGGCAAGACCGACGUUGAGAAGGUGGCAAUUGGUCAAGCAGUUGCGAACGGCACCGUAGACAAUGAGACUCUGGGUUACUUCCUUGCUCGCAUCCACCUCUUCUUGAAAAAGAUUGGUGUGGACCAGAGCAAGGUUCGUUUCCGGCAACACAUGGCGAAUGAGAUGGCCCAUUACGCUUGUGACUGCUGGGACGCCGAACUUUUCACCUCCUACGGUUGGGUUGAGUGUGUUGGUUGUGCUGACCGUAGCGCCUACGAUUUGACUGUACAUGCAAAGAAGACCAACGCGCCCCUGAUUGUCCGCAAGCGUCUGCCCGAGCCUAUUAAGGUCGAGGAGUGGGAGGUUGACCUGGACAGGAAGAAGUUUGGUCCUCACUUCAAGAAAAAUGGCAAGACGGUCGAGGCCGCAAUCCUUACUACUACGCAACAGCAAAGAGAGGCGUUUGCGAAAGCCCUAGAAUCCGUCGGCUCCCUGGCGCUCGACGUUCCUGGUGUAGGUGACGGCAAAGUUGUGGUGCCCAAAGAGCUCGUCACAGUCGAAAAGCGCACGAGGACUGUACACACCAGAGAGUUCACUCCCAACGUCAUUGAACCGUCUUUCGGUAUUGGCAGAAUUCUAUACUCUCUGGUGGAACAUUGUUACUGGAGCCGAGGUAGUGAGGGUGGCGACGAGGCCCGUGGUGUUCUUUCUUUCCCUCCCACAGUUGCUCCAACCAAGGUGCUCAUCGUGCCGCUCUCGAGCAACGAGCAGUUUAAACCGUUUUGCUACAAGCUGUCGCAGAAGUUGCGCAAGAUGGGCAUUUCCAAUCGUAUCGAUGAUUCCUCUGCCACUAUCGGUAGACGGUAUAGUCGCAACGACGAACUUGGUACGCCAUUGGGCAUCACUGUUGAUUUCCAAACCGUCAAGGACCAAUCCAUUACUCUUCGUGACCGAGACUCGACGAAACAAGUCCGUGCCGACGAGGAUACGAUCAUUGCGGCGAUCCAGUCAAUGGUCGACGGCAACAAGACCUGGCAGGAUGUUGAGGCCGAGUUGCCCAUCUUCGAAGGCCAAGAGGCAGAAGUUCCCAUUCGACAAUAG